GGUAGCAUACAUAACAAAUGAAAUGAUUGCCGACACAAAUAUAUGAUAUUUUAAUGAAAUGUGAUGAUAAAUUAUGUUGAGUGCGUGGUGUGGUAGAGUGGUGAUUCAAUUUUCAAACAAAGCAAAACCACCGAAAAUUGCAAGCAAUGCUACGCAAGGAUCCCAGGGAAGAAGUGAUUGAAGCGUGGUAUAUUGAUGAUGAUAGCAAUGAAAAUCCGAGUCUUCCCUAUCAUAAGGAACCUAAGGAAGUUGUUUCUCUCGAUCAACUUGCUGAACUUGGAAUUCUCACUUGGAAAUUGGACGCUGACAAUUAUGAAACUGAUGAGGAAUUGAACAAGAUCCGCGAAGCUCGUGGAUAUACUUACAUGGACUGCAUAUGUAACAAUGAACAAGUUCCAAAUUAUGAGGAGAUGAACAAGAGAAUCUAUGAAGAACAUUUACAUAGUGAUGAUGAGACAAGGUAUUGUGUUGAUGGAAGUGGUUAUUUAGAUGUGAGAGAUGUUGAAGAUAAGUGGAUACGCAUAUGGUUGAAGAAAGGGGCAAUGAUCGUACUGCCUGCAGGAAUAUAUCAUCGUGCUAGUCUCGAUUUCAACAGUUACAUCAAGCUGGUGCGACUAUUUGCCGGUAAUCCAGUUUGGACUCCUCACAACCGUCCUAACGAUGAUCUACAAGCACGGAAGGAAUACGUCGAGAAGUUUCUCAUUCAGUAAACAUGUCAUGAUAUGUCAUCAACUUGUUGAUGCUGCCGAUUCAUCAGAAUUCCUAUUCGCUUUAAUUAAGCAUAAUUAUUAAGUAAUUAGCUUGUAGAAGCCUGUCAUUCUGAAUGGAGAAUAAUCGUGUAACUAAGUUUUCUUUGGCCUUUACUGUAUUAAAGCUUUUCUGGAUAUCUGCGUGUGUGAUUUGUACAAUUCACAAAACAUUGAGAUUAACUAGUACUUGUUCUUGUCAAACAUAUAAAGUUACUCCCUCAA